ACUGCUUUUCCUCUUAGGAAACGUUGCGGUGUAUGUUUUCUCUGAGAAACAGAACUGUGUCAAAACGGACGGGACACAGGCAAUUGUCUGCGGCGUUUUCCUCCUCUUUCUUCCACCUCGACUCCCAGUCCUCGGGUGUCCUGCCUCUGUCCGCUUUCUCUUUCCUGGGUUUUCUGCGACUUCAAGAGUGAAAAGCCACACAAAAUGGCACUCGCAAUCUUCGGCGACCGUCAGAGCGGGCAAGACGUCCGUACCGCCAAUGCGGCGGCGGUGCAGUCGAUCGCGAACAUUCUGCGGUCGUCUCUCGGCCCCCAGGGGCUAGACAAGAUGCUCGUGGACGACAUCGGAGACAUGACGAUUACGAACGAUGGUGCGACGAUUCUCAAGCAACUCGAGGUGCAGCACCCUGCAGCGAAAGUUCUUGUUGAACUUUCCGAUCUCCAGGACAAAGAGGUGGGCGACGGCACCACCUCCGUCGUCCUCCUCGCCGCCGAGUUCCUUCGAGUCGGAAAUCAACUCGUGAAAGAGGGCGUUCACCCCACUGCUGUCAUUGCAGGCUUCAAACUUGCAAUGAAGGAAAGCGUUAAAUUUAUUCAAGAGCAUUUGACAUCUCGCGUUGAUGCCAACAACAGAGAGGUGCUCAUGAACGUCGCAACAACGACCAUCAGCUCGAAGCUCAUCGGAACAGAGACAGCCCACUUCGCGGAUCUUGUUGUUCGUGCUAUUCUCUCCGUCAAGAUGAUCACCGAAAGAGGAGACGUCAAGUACCCUGUCAGCUCGAUCAACAUCAUCAAGACCCACGGCAAAUCGAUGCGCGAAUCGAGUCUCGUGGAAGGCUACGCACUGAAAGCGGGUCGCGCAGCACAAGGCAUGCCCCAGUGCGUGAAGAACGCCAAGGUCGCCCUGCUCGACUUCAACCUUCGGCAGCAUCGCAUGCAACUCGGCGUCCAGAUUCAGGUUGACAACCCCGAGGAACUGGAAAAGAUCCGGCAAAAAGAGAAGGACAUCACGGCGGCGAAGAUUCAGAAGAUCCUUGCAUCAGGAGCAAACGUCAUCUUGACAACCCAGGGCAUCGACGAUAUGGCCAUGAAGUACUUCGUCGAGGCGGGGGCCAUUGCCGUCCGCCGUGUUGACAGAAAAGACCUUCGCAGAAUCGCCAAAAUCACAGAAGGCACUGUGGUGCUCACGAUGGCUACUCUGGACGGAGACGAGAAGUUCGACGCUUCCUGUCUUGGCACUUGCGAAGAAGUUUACGAGGAGCGCAUUGGCGACUGGGAUCACCUUAUGUUUAAAGGGUGCAAAGGUGGAAAGGCUGCGACAGUCAUUCUUCGUGGAGCAAACGAGUACAUGCUGGACGAGGUCGACCGUUCUGUCCACGACGCCCUUUGCGCCGUAUCUCGAGCUCUGGAGUACACGCACGUGUGUCCGGGCGGCGGCGCAGUGGAGACGUCGCUUUCUGUGUAUUUAGAGAACUUUGCCCGGACGCUUGGGUCCCGAGAGCAGCUAGCCAUCGCAGCGUUUGCAGAGGCUCUGCUGAUCAUUCCAAAGACCCUCGCGGUGAACGCCGCUCUCGAUGCCACAGAGCUCGUCGCCAGGCUCCGCGCCGUGCAUGCAAAGGCUCAGGGGCAGUUGCUUGACGCGGCUGGGAACGGGGACGAGGAACUCAAGUGGCAUGGCUUAGAUCUAACUUCAGGGAAAACGAGGAACAACAUGGCUGCUGGAGUUAUCGAGGCUGCUGUGAGCAAGACGAAGGCACUGCGCUUUGCUACAGAAGCAGCCGUUACCAUUCUACGGAUCGAUGACUUAAUAAAAAUCGCCCCCGAACCCGAACGGGGCCAACAGGAUGACUAGAGUAAACUCUACAAAAUGAUGGUAGAAAAGCGAACAAAAGGACUAGAGAACCGCACGCGGGACUUGGGGAGAUAACUGACAUGUGUGCGCUUCCCGACACGUUCUCGCGAACUUUUUGUAUUGCGAGGAAAAAGUCCGUCGGUUCUGUUGACUGUUUCCACCAGGAAGCAGCGGGAGAUCGUGUCCACUGGCACCUUUGUUUUCGACGCACGCGCGUGGACUCGUGCUUCGCUCUCGACUGCCGAGUCACUCGGUUUUUCUUCCCGGUUUGUUUUCCAGCUUCGCUGCUUCCGCUUCUCUCUGAACGACACAACGGUGUAGGGUAGUUCACACCGAAGAAGUGCCGCUGCCUCGAUUCCUAGCUCCGUACCAUUUCAAGGACGCAAACUGAUCGUUAUCAUGUGAGUCGCCUGUCUACUCUUUGCGCAUUCUUGGCUGUACUCUAUUUUCUUACAUGGUUCGUGAAAAACUGUUCUCCGAACUCAACUGUUCGCUGCGAAAAAGAACAUCGAAACAAAACUCCAAACUUCGAAAACGUAUAGAUACUUCUCUAUAUAUCUAUCUAUCUAUCUAUAUAUAUAUAUAUAUAUAUAGAUAUAGAUAUAGAUAUAUAAAUAUAUGCAUAUAGCGCUACACUUUCUGCUUGAGACAUUUGUGGAAGCGAUGCGGGGCCAUCAACGUAUCGUGUCGUUGGAAUCGGGUGCAUGAGGAAGCAUGGUCGAGCCUCGCCACAUAAUGCUCAAUUUGGGCAUUAGAGUGAUACGUGUAAUCAUCGGAAGUGCAAAGAAGCCGCUGCAACUA